UUUCAAUCGGGUAACGAAACCAGCAAUAACCUGCCGACAUGAGUGGGCUCACCGUCAGUCAUAUUCCGAUCUUCCAAGAACACCUCGAUAGAAUAGCACUGCGCGAGGGAUUCUCCCCGGGACGCUAUUCCGUUGCCAUCGAUAGUGAUUCGGCAUUGAACGACGGAUUUAUGAGUGGCAUCGUGCGCGUGCGGAUCACACAGAAGGAGGAUCAUCGGGAGCUGGUUCUACUGUGCAAAGUACCACUGGCCAACGAAACGCGCAGAGCUCAAGGAAUUGGACUGUUUGAACGGGAAUGUCGUGCCUACAGCGAGUUGCUUCCCACGUUGUUUGAAUUCCAGAACGAGAAAGGUUUGAGUUCGAAAAAUGGAGGAUUCUUCAACGUUCCUAAAUGCUACGAUGCGUUCUGCAAGAAAGAGACAUUGGAGGCAAUGCUGAUCAUGGAAGAUCUGAGGGAGCGCAAUUUUCGAAUGUGGAAUAAGUACGAGCCGGUCGAUUUCGAUCACAGCAGAAUGGUAUUUACCCACUUGGGUAAGUUGCAUGCGAUUUCGUUUGCUCUGAGGGAACAACGAGCGGUGGAGUUCCGGAAAAUGGGAGACUAUUACAAAGAUCCCAUGCUGGAGGCGAUUGAGGGAGGUGAUGCGUUUUUGAAUAUGCUCAAGUCGAUGUGCGAUCGAGCGGUGGGCACGUUGGAACCCCAUGAGGAAUUUCGUCGGGAGAAAGUGCUGCAGUUCAGGGAGACCAUGAAGGAAGAGCUGACGAAAUGUGUCCGUUCGGAGUUUGCCGAACCAUACGCAGUGCUGGGACAUGGAGACUGUUGGAUCAACAAUUUCAUGUUCACCUAUGAGGAUGAUGAAAAAUCGCCGAAGGACGUAGCUUUCGUUGAUUGGCAAAUCUGUCGCUACGGCUCACCGGCAAUCGAUUUGGUCUACUUCAUAUUUCUCUGCACCGACGCCGAGUUCCGAGCGCUAAAUUACACCGCACUGCUUGAACUGUAUUACGACUCCUUCAGCGAUCAUCUCGGAAGGCUGGGAGGCGAUGCCGGGAGGCAAUUUCCGAAGCAGAUGCUGAACAAACAAUUGAAGCAGUUUGGCAAGUUUGCUCUUGUGAUGGCAAUGCUCAUACUGCCGGUCAUCUGCACACCCAGUGAUGAUUUGCCCGAUAUGGACAAAGUUGCCGAGGCAGUUGAAAAGCAAGAGCAAGAUUCAUUCCACAUCGGAACGGGCGAAAUUGCCGAGGAACGAUACCGACAGCGAAUGGGUGGCGUGAUUCGAGAUCUGGUGCAGUACGGGAAAAAUAUUGUGCACAAUCACCUGGAAAAUCCGGAGUGGUCCGGUUCCAAGCUGGCUAAAGUGCUGAAGAUGCCGAAAACAACAGUUUGUCGAGUGCUCAAAACCUACAAGGAAAUCCUGAGUGUGGAAUGGAAUCAGCGGACCUACGAAAAAAACGAACCAGGGAUCCCGUCCUGUAAAGAUCUUCGCGCAACGGACUGUGAUUUGAAACUGGAAAAAAUGUCCGAACAACCGGCGUACGUCAUGGCAGGCCUCGACCAGGUCGCCACCGAUCAAGGAUUUACGCCGAACCGGUACCGAAUUGAGUUCGAAUCCGGAUCGAACAAGGGAGAUGGCUUCAUGGGAACCCUGUUCAAGGCGUUCGUUCGCGAGGAUGGCCGCGAUGAGUUGGUGGUGUUGGUGAAGGUCCUACCGGAACACGAAGCCCGCAAACAGCAAUCCCUGGCCAUGUUCCACCGGGAGGCCAUGGCAUACAAUAUGGUGCUGCCGAUGUUCAGGAAGUUCCAAGCGGAGAAAGGUGUAAGCGAAAAGGAUGGCGAAGGAUUCUGGCGCGUCCCAAAGUGCUAUUACGCAAGCUGCAAUAUGGAGAAGAUGGAAGCGGUGGUGAUCAUGGAGGAUCUACGAGAGAAGAAGUUCCGAAUGUGGAAUAAGUUCGAACCGGUAGAUUUCGAUCAUACUAGGUUGCUGAUGGAGCAACUGGGGAUGCUUCAUGCCAUUUCGUUCGCCAUGAAGGAUCAACAACCGGAACAGUUUGCACACUUCAAGCAGCUGGUAGAUCCGAUGAAGAUCAUGAUCAAUAUGGAUCCCAGGAAGAACAUUGAUAACUUGUUUGAAGAAAUGUUCGAUCGCGCCAUGGGAACUAUAUCCAACGAGGAAGCGAAAGUGAAAGAGACGAUGGAUAAACUGAAAGGAUUGGUGACAGAAGCUUACGUUGACUGUGUUGAUGGUGCGGGAGCGGAACCGUACACGAUCGUUGGUCAUGGUGAUUGUUGGGUGAACAAUAUGAUGUACACGUACGAUGGAAAUGAACCAACUCCAACCGACAUCCGGUUGAUCGACUGGCAGCUGUGUCGGUACGUGUCGCCCAUUCUCGACCUGUCCUACUUCAUUUUCAUUUGCACGGAUGAGAAACUUCGCGCGGAGCACUACGGAGAAUUGCUGGACGUAUACUACAAAUCACUGGGCGACUAUCUGAAGCGAUUGGGAGGUGACGUGGAACGUCAAUUUCCCAGGGACGCUUUCGAGGAGCAGUGGAAAAAGUACGGCCGUUUUGGGCUGUUGAUGGGACUGAUUGUGCUGCCAAUGAUUUGCACAGCCGGCGAUGAACUACCGAGCAUGGAAGACUACGUCGAAAGGAUCGAAAAAGACGAGAAGAACGUCAAGUACGAGUUCGGCACUUCGGAGAAAUCGUUCGAGCUGUAUCGUAAAAGAAUGACCGGUAUGAUAAGGGAUAUUGUUAGAUUUGAAUAUCUGUAGAUAGAGGAAA